GCGGGGCCGCAGGGCCCGACUGCAGCCAACGCCCUGAGGUCCUUGGACCCACUUUCUCUCCCGAGACCCCCUGCCCGGCCCUUUCCACCCCGCAUCCUUCCGCGGCACGCCCUCCCGGAGCCCCCAACUCCUCCACCCUUCCGAUUCCCUCCCCGCUCCCGCCAGGGCCUCCAGCGCCCCACCCCCGACACCCCUGUCCCGCACCCGUGCCGGGCCAUGGCGGCCGUGCGCCCUGCGCCCCUGCUCGGCAGCCUCCUGGCUCUACUGGCCCUGUGCCCCGGGGGGGACCCGCAGACGGUGCUGACCGACGACGAGAUCGAGGAGUUCCUCGAAGGCUUCCUUUCGGAGUUGGAGCCUGAGCCUGAGCCCCGGGAAGACGACGUGGAGGCUCUGCCGCCCCUGGAGCCCCCCCAGCGCGCCCGCAAAGCUCAGGAGCGGGGCAGGCCGAGGGCGGCCGCAGAAGGGUCUCCAGAAAAGGCUAAAGACAAAGGGAAGAAAGGGAAGAAGGACAAAGGCCCCAAGACAACCAAACAGCCCUUGGAAGCUCCCAGGCUACCCAAGAAGGGAAAAGAGAAGUCACCCAAGGCCACCAAGAAACCCAAGGAGAAGCCACCCAAAGCCACCAAGAAACCUAAGGAGAAGCUACCCAAGGCCACCAAGAAACCCAAAGAGAAGCCACCCAAAGCCACCAAGAAGCCUCUGUUAGGGAAGAAACUCUCCCAUACUCCAGCCCCCCUAGAAACCCUAGAGUGGCCACUGCCCACGCCACCCAGUCCUGGCCCUGAAGAGUCACCCCAGGAAGGAGGGGAGGCCUCCUCAAACACCUGGCAGGGUCAAGGAGAGGAAACCCAAAUGGGAGCCCGGGAACUUCAGCCUGAGCCAGAGGAGGAGACGGAGGUGCCCACACUGGACUACAAUGACCAGAUAGAGAGGGAGGACUAUGAAGACUUUGAGUAUAUCCGGCGCCAGAAGCGGCCCAGGCCACCACCUAGCAGGAGGAGGUUCUGGCCUGAGCGCCCUGAGGAGAAGGCUGAGGAGCUCCAGGGAAAGGACAACCAGCCACCUUUGAAGCCUCUGCUGCCCCCAGAUUAUGGGGAUGGCUACGUGAUCCCCAACUAUGAUGACAUGGACUAUUACUUCCCGCAUCCCCCACCACGGAAACCUGACCCUGGACAGGAGACAGAUGAAGAGAAGGAAGAGCUGAAGAAACCCAAAAAGGAGGGCAGUAGCCCCAAGGAGGAGACAGAGGACAAAUGGACUGAGGUGAAGGGCAAGGACCACAAAGGAUCCCAGAAGGGUGAUGAUCUGGAGGAGGAGUGGACCCCAGUGGAGAAAAUCAAGUGCCCACCCAUUGGAAUGGAGUCACACCGCAUUGAGGACAACCAAAUCCGAGCCUCCUCCAUGCUGCGUCAUGGCCUCGGAGCACAGCGUGGCCGGCUCAAUAUUCAGGCUGGUGCCAAUGAAGAUGACUACUAUGAUGGGGCCUGGUGUGCCGAGGAUGACUCACAGACCCAGUGGAUUGAGGUGGACACCAGAAGGACAACCCGGUUCACCGGCAUCAUCACCCAGGGCCGGGACUCCAGCAUCCAUGAUGACUUCGUGACCAGCUUCUUUGUGGGCUUCAGCAACGACAGCCAGACGUGGGUGAUGUACUCCAAUGGCUAUGAAGAAAUGACCUUCCAUGGGAAUGUGGAUAAGGACACACCUGUGCUGAGUGAGCUCCCAGAACCAGUGGUGGCCCGCUUUAUUCGCAUUUACCCACUCACCUGGAAUGGCAGCCUGUGCCUGCGGCUAGAGGUGCUGGGCUGCCCAGUGACCCCUGUCCACAGCUACUAUGCACAGAAUGAAGUCGUGGCCACUGAUGACCUGGACUUCCGGCAUCACAGCUACAAGGACAUGCGCCAGCUGAUGAAGGUGGUGAACGAGGAGUGUCCCACCAUUACCCGCACAUACAGCCUUGGCAAGAGCUCACGAGGCCUUAAAAUCUAUGCCAUGGAGAUCUCGGACAACCCCGGGGAGCAUGAGCCGGGGGAGCCCGAGUUCCGCUACACAGCUGGGAUCCACGGCAAUGAGGUGCUGGGUCGAGAGCUACUGCUACUGCUCAUGCAAUACCUGUGCCGCGAGUACCGUGACGGAAACCCUCGUGUACGCAGCCUGGUGCAGGACACGCGCAUCCACCUGGUGCCCUCACUGAAUCCUGAUGGCUAUGAAGUGGCAGCUCAGAUGGGCUCUGAGUUUGGGAACUGGGCCCUGGGACUGUGGACUGAGGAAGGCUUUGACAUCUUUGAGGACUUUCCGGAUCUCAACUCUGUGCUCUGGGGAGCUGAGGAAAGGAAAUGGGUCCCCUACCGGGUCCCCAACAAUAACCUGCCCAUCCCCGAACGCUACCUGUCCCCAGAUGCCACGGUAUCCACAGAGGUGCGGGCCAUCAUUGCCUGGAUGGAGAAAAACCCCUUUGUGCUGGGAGCAAAUCUGAAUGGUGGUGAGCGGCUUGUGUCCUACCCCUAUGAUAUGGCCCGCACCCCCAGCCAGGAGCAGCUCCUGGCUGCAGCCAUGGCAGCUGCCCGUGGAGAGGAUGAUGAAGAGGCAUCUGAGGCCCAGGAGACCCCAGACCAUGCAAUCUUCCGCUGGCUGGCCAUCUCCUUUGCCUCUGCCCAUCUCACCAUGACUGAACCCUACCGAGGAGGGUGCCAGGCCCAAGACUACACCAGUGGCAUGGGCAUUGUCAAUGGAGCAAAGUGGAAUCCCCGGUCUGGAACUAUCAAUGACUUCAGUUAUCUGCACACCAACUGCCUGGAAUUGUCUAUCUACCUGGGCUGUGACAAGUUCCCACAUGAGAGCGAGCUACCGAGAGAAUGGGAGAACAACAAGGAGGCCCUACUCACCUUCAUGGAACAGGUGCACCGUGGUAUCAAGGGCGUGGUGACAGAUGAGCAAGGGAUCCCUAUUGCCAAUGCCACCAUCUCUGUGAACGGCAUCAACCAUGGUGUGAAGACAGCAAGUGGUGGUGAUUACUGGCGCAUCUUGAACCCGGGUGAGUACCGCGUUACAGCCCACGCAGAGGGCUAUACCUCAAGCGCCAAGACAUGCAACGUGGACUAUGAUAUCGGGGCCACCCAGUGCAACUUCAUCUUGGCUCGCUCCAACUGGAAGCGCAUCCGGGAGAUUAUGGCCAUGAAUGGAAACCGGCCCAUUCCGCGCAUUGACCCUUCACGCCCCAUGACCCCCCAGCAACGGCGCAUGCAGCAGCGCCGCUUGCAAUACCGGCUGCGGCUACGGGAACAGCAGCGGCAGCGGCGUCUCAAUGCCACUGUGGGCCCUGCCCCCAGCCUCUCCCCCGAUCUCACCACCCUCCCCUUGCCUGCCCCCAACUCUGGCACCACCGGGGGCACCUGGGACCCUCCACCCACAUCUACUAUGAGCUGGGAGGAGUCAGAGACUGAGACCUACACAGAGGUGGUGACAGAGUUUGGGACAGAGUUUGGGACCCUGCUAGAGCCUGAAGAAGAGGAAGAGGAAGAGAUGGCCACUGGCCUCACAUAUCCUUUCUCGACAGUGGAGACCUACACAGUGAACUUUGGGGACUUCUGAGACCAGGGUCCCGCUUAUACCCUGGCCCAGUUCAAGUUACAGCAGCACUUCUAAGCCUACACCUGCAGACAGCAGCCACCAGUAACUGGAAGGUCCCUGAGAGGGACCCCCAGGGACACUAAGGCCAUCAGACCCAAGAGCCAGAGUCUGUACAGAGGCUCCUAUUCUGCCUGUCAGCCUUUGGGGAGAAGCAGGCAAGGAAGCCAAGGCCACACCAAUAAAACUAGCUCAUGGCACUGA